AGAUUUUUAGAAUGAUUCUAAGCAGCAAAUUUCGGAGGACUUUCUUAGUUUUCCUGUGCUUCACGGGUGCCGUGCUGUUAGUGUUUUUUAUGAUCAGUACACAAUAUUUAACCAUAACCAGCAUGAAUCUUUAUAGAGAAGUGCGUAGUCAUUUACCUUUAGUAUCUCCUGUCACGAUAAUUAGUCAAAACGUCACGAACUAUCAAACGACUGAAGUACCUUCUCCAAAGACUGAAAAAUCUGUGGUCAAUAUUAGCGAAAAUUUAGUAUCGGAGGAAUCACUUAAACAGAUUAUAACUGGAAUUUAUGAGCCAUGCUUCGAUUUUCAUAUUAACAAACCUACCGCGUGUAAUGGAAUGAAAGCACCUGUUGCUCUAAUUGUUAUAUCUGCUGUCACGAAAAGAUCUGCAAGAAAUGCUAUUAGGGCAACGUGGGGUGGAUACGCUACUAAACUUGGAUUUCCUGUAUUGUUUUUAUUAGGAGGUACGCCAUACCCUCAUCAGCAGCUCACUAUUGACAAGGAGGAUGCAUUCUUCCAAGAUAUAAUCCAAGAAAAGUGCUUGGAUACAUAUCGCAAUAUGACACUUAAAACUGUCACUUUAAUGAAGUGGGUGGCAGAACACUGCUUUAAUGUGCCUUACAUAUUAAAAACAGACGAUGAUAUGAUGAUAAAUGUAGAUCGUUUGCAACUAUUUCUAAGCUCUCUAAAUGCAACUAAAACAAUAUUUGGUAAAUUAGCCAGUGGAUGGUCUCCUCAUCGUUCUCAUCUUAGCAAGUGGUAUGUACCAAAAAGUGAAUAUAAGGAUCGAGUAUAUCCUAAUUUUACUACAGGACCCGCUUAUUUAUUUACUUCAGACUCUGCUAGAAAUCUUUACGAGACAAGUUUAAAAGUACCAUUUUUAUUCUUGGAAGAUGUCUACAUGACUGGUAUUGUAGCGCAGCAAGCUAGAAUUCGUCGGCUUUCAAAUACUGAAUUCAAGAAUUAUCCUUUGCGAGCCGCUGCCAGAACUUUUAAGAAAAUUAUUUCCAGUCAUGGGCACUCUCCUAGAGACAUUUACAAAAUUUGGUUUAGAUUUUACAAACCAAGUGUGGAAGAUGAUCGAUGACGUACUUCAUAUAUAUCUUUCCAAUAUAGUUCCGUUUUAGGAACUUUUAAAUAGUUUUUAUAAUUUUA